AUUACUUACAACAACAAGACACCCUCCUCUCCAACUUCAAGACAUAACACAAUGAAUGUUUUUAUUCUGUUCGCUUUGCAGCUGUCGCUCGCGUGCGUCACCCGCGCCGCUCCCACGGGCCAGAUGAGCGAGUUGACGCGCGUUGUGGAAGGCGCGCAAAGCCUGGUGAAGAAGGUUCUGGGCGACAUUCCAGCUGUCCACGGCUCCAGUGUGGCUUCUCCGGGAAUGACCCUUGACCCCGCUGAGGGUUCUGUGAACCUGGAGUACAUGGAGGCCCUGUUGGAGAUCCCCUCCGCCCCCAAGCUGCAGCCCCUGGCCCCCGACUUCACACUGGAGACGUGUCUGAACCACAUGUCCGCCGGUCUGCGCCUGUACAGCGGCUUGCUACAGGUGGUGGGGGCCCGCCUCUCCUCCCCCCUCCCGCUCUCUCAGCUGCACGCCGACAUCAAGGACCUGAAGGCACAGGUACACAAGAUCCAGGAGCUGUCUCGCGUCUCGUCAGUGGAGGCGCAGAUGGAUGUGUCUGGGGUGUCGUCCCACCUGACGGGGGAUUACGAGGUGCAGCUGGCCGCGCACGUGGUCCUCUCGCAUCUGCGCAGCUUCACACAGGACACCUACCGCAGCCUGCGCAACAUCGCCCAGACGACUGUAGCCUAGGCAACGGCAUCAUCGCCGAGGUCACUGUGGGAUCGAGGUAGUGCACAUGGGAACGCCGUCAUCAUCUCCCAGACCACUGUAGCCUACCAUCAACAUCGCCCAGACAACUGUAGACUAAUAGGCUACAACUUCAGCGCCUAGGUAACGCCUAGUGGUUUAGGUGAUGCACGUGGUGCGUGGUCCAAGGCAACACGGGUCGCCAAAGUGACUAGAAGAACUCAGCGUGGGACAUUCAGAAAGUUUUCUCCCUGCAAUUUAGGCAGAUAAACUGCUGACUGAGCUAGUAGGCUGAUAUUUAGCCCACUUGGUAGUGUAACUGUCUCUCAUAAUGGAGCUUUCUGUGAGGCUGCAGGUUCAAGACUGGGCCUGUACCGCUUUUUUUUCUUUUUUCUUUUAUUUAUUUAUUUUUAAGAAUAUUUCCCUUCAAUAUUUAAAGCAGAGCUUAUUUAUGUUAUUUAUUAUUAUUUAUUGUGUGAUGCAUACUGGACAGUCUGAAGGAGGAUGGAAACUUUUCUGAGAUGGAAACGAUCUUUGAGAGAAAAUGGAAACAUAUCCUCUGGGACUGUAUGAUUCACAGUAUUACUGCCUUGCUGUGACUGAUAAUGAUAGCCAUACUACACUCAUCCUUGGCGGGAAAGAACCUACACCAGAGUCGAUGGAUAAGGAAGAGACGAAUUAUAAGGAGUGUCUUCCGGUAUCAGUACAAUGAAAGGUAGAGGCUGCCAUCCUAUGGCCAUACCCCUUUACGAGACUAGGAGAGAGAAUGGAGCUCAGUGGGGAAGUCACACCCAUUUAUUACUACUCUCGACUGUGACUUUCUCCUACUGUGUUGCAUUGGUGACGUUACGAUUCAUCUUGCUUUACCGUAUUGAAAAUCUUUGCCUUUGCUUGUUGGCACAGAAUAGGGGCACAGACAGAAACUGCCCUCGAUUGGACAGAAACUCUCCUCUGAGGGACAAUUCAGAAUGGCAGCAGGAUGCCUCUUAUGUUACGGGUUGAUUCACACAGGUGACUGACUCUCUGAAGGAAGAAGAAAAGCUGCAGCACACACACACACAAACACUUGUGUGCACACACACACACACACACACACGCACGCACGCACACACAC